UGUCCGCGCCCGGCCUGGCCCAGCAGCGGGGCCGAACGCGGCCUGGCCUGCGGCGGCGGCGGCGGCUGGAGGGGCCCGGGCCUGGUCGGGGGCUGAGCGGGGCCCGGCGGGCGGGAGGGCGGGGAGGGAGGGAGGGGGGGGGGCCGAAGAUGCGGCGGUACCUGCCGGUGGCCCGGCAGCACUUCCUGGCGGCGCUGGCCGGCACCAGCGUGGUGGUGAAGUCGCUGAGCGCCGCCGUCCUCCUCCUCUACCUGCUCUCCUUCGGCCUGGACACGGCCUACGGCCUGGGGGUGACCCCCGGCUACCUCCUGCCCCCCAACUUCUGGGUCUGGACGCUGCUGACGCACGGGCUGGUGGAGGAGCGGGCCUGGGGCCUGGCGGCCAGCCUGGCCACGCUGGGGGCGGCCGGCCGGCUGCUGGAGCCCCUCUGGGGUGCCCUGGAGCUGCUGGUCUUCUUCACGGUGGUGAACGUCUCGGUGGGGCUCCUGGGGGCCCUCGCCUACUUCCUCACCUACGUGGCCUCCUUCCACCUCGCCUACCUGUUCACCGUCCGCAUCCACGGCGGGCUGGGCUUCCUCGGGGGAGUCUUGGUGGCCCUCAAGCAGACGAUGGGGGACAGCACCAUCCUGAAGGUGCCCCAGGUCAGAAUGAAGGCUGUCCCCAUGCUCCUGCUCCUUCUCCUGGCUCUGCUGCGGCUCGCCGCCCUCGUCAAGAGCAAUGUACUGGCCUCGUACGGCUUCGGGCUCCUCUCCGGCUGGGUCUAUCUCCGUUUCUACCAGCGGCACAGUAGAGGUCGCGGAGACAUGUCCGACCACUUCGCCUUCGCCACUUUCUUCCCCGAGAUCCUGCAGCCCGUGGUGGGUCUGGUGGCCAACCUGGUGCACGGCAUCCUGGUGAAGGUGAAGGUCUGCCGCAAGACGGUCAAACGCUACGACGUGGGCGCCCCGUCGUCCAUCACCAUCAGCCUGCCGGGGACGGACCCCCAGGACGCCGAGAGGAGAAGGCAGCUGGCCCUGAAGGCCCUGAAUGAGCGGCUGAAGCGCGUGGAAGACCAGUCGGCCUGGCCUAGCAUGGAGGACGACGAGGAGGAGGCGGCGGCGAAGGCCGACAGCCCGCUGCUGCCCGACCCCGGUGCGGCCGGCAAGGGCGCCAGCCAGGAGUCCAACCUCAUCACCUUCCAGGAUGCCCCAUCCCAGCUGUGACCGGCCGACACACCGCCCCCCUUCCCCACCCCGUCUCCGUCGGAGAGCUGCUAACCCCCCUCGUGUCCCCCCCCCACAGCCGGGACACUCGGCGGGGCGCGGGGACUCCUCCCGCGGCAGAGGCAGGGGGGCUACCUCAUUCCAAUGCUUUGUUGCCGCUCGUGGCCAGCGCCGGGCACCCAGGAUGCCAUCACUGCAAGGAUGGGGGUUCCUCGAGCCGCUCCCCUUGGCGCAGAGCAGGUCGUGGACGUCGGCACCGGCAGCUGUUCUGGGAGGGGGACGUGGGGCUGAUCCCUGCCCCGAGGCCACUGCGCUUGCCCACGCGGGAGCAAAGUCAGCAGCGCUUCCUCGCUUCUCCUCUACACUGGGGGUUGCCCAGAGCGCUCAACACUUACUUCCUCCUUUCUGAAGGUAGUUUUGUCCCUAACCGAGAGAACAGGAAGGCUGGCGGGUUUCUUUUCCGAAUCCCUUUCCCGUGGGGAGCCUCCUCCCGCCCUGGCAGGAGCUCUCCGUGACCGGUGAGAGGUUUGCCACGCGGGGGGAGAGGCUGCUGGGCAGGAGGGGGCCACCCAGCCCCUCAUGGCAGUGGUCCGACACCGCCAGCUCUGGGCUUUGCGCGUGGGGGGGUUCUCUCCUCCUCCCUCUCCCGCCCCUGAAGCCAGCCCUGCAAGGAGCCGGUGCCCUUGGCCGCUCCCUGCCUAAUCCGUUUGUCAGAUUACACUAGAAGCUGUAAUUAAUUUUUACGGUGGGGCUCUCGCCGCUUCCUCCGGCAGCAGGUUUUCUUUCCUGCAGGUAGAAUACGGGCUCCCCCUUCUCUUUUCCCUCCCUCUGUGUUGAUGGGCUUUUUUGUUUUCUGGAUGGAGAGGAUGCUCCCUGCGACAGCCUCCUCGCAGCUCCUGAUCCCCCGGGCAGUCCCUGGCCUGGGACACGGGUCAAUGGUGUUGUGAUUAUUUUUUUAAAGGACCACACGAGAAGGUUUUGUCAACUGGGAAAAACACAGACGUUUCAGUAUCAAUAAAGAGUUCUUUGAAA